CGCUGGGUAAGGAGCGCCGGGGCUGCUGCAGGAGCAAGCGAGAGGAAGCGGCUCGGAAGGGGGCGGCGGCGGCGGGGGCAGAUCCGAUUGCAGCCGGGCCGAAGCGCAGGCAGUGAUUACUCCCUCCAGCCCGCUGGGUGCAAGCGGCCGCGGGCUUGCGAGGGGACUGGAGUGCAUGCGGAGUUCAGGCUGCAGUCCGGCUGCGCACGAUGGAGGAUGAAAGCAUCAAACAGAGUUCCCAGUCACCUGAUGAAGCUGAAGAUAAGGAGAAGGACCAGCGCACGAUAACAGUCAAUCCUUCUCACAUGGGAAAGGCAUUCAAGGUCAUGAAUGAAUUACGGAGCAAGCGACUCCUCUGUGAUGUGGUGAUUGUUGCUGAAGCCGUUGAGAUGGAAGCCCAUCGCGUUGUCCUAGCAGCCUGCAGCCCCUAUUUUUGUGCAAUGUUUACAGGAGACAUGACUGAAAGUAAAGCAAAGAAGAUUGAAAUAAAAGACGUCGAUGGGCAAACACUGAGUAAGCUGAUUGAUUACAUCUAUACAGCUGAAAUAGAGGUCACGGAAGAGAACGUGCAGGUUUUGUUGCCAGCUGCCAGCUUAUUGCAAUUAAUGGAUGUUAGACAAAACUGCUGUGAUUUUCUCCAGUCCCAGCUGCACCCCACAAAUUGCCUUGGAAUUCGAGCCUUUGCAGAUGUGCACACCUGCACUGAACUUCUGCAGCAGGCAAAUGCAUAUGCAGAGCAGCACUUUCCCGAGGUGAUGCUAGGGGAAGAAUUUCUUAGCCUUAGUCUGGACCAGGUUUGCAGUUUAAUUUCAAGUGACAAGCUCACUGUGUCUUCAGAAGAAAAGGUCUUUGAAGCUGUUAUAUCUUGGAUAAAUUAUGAGAAAGAGUCUCGCUUAGAACACAUGGCUAAACUAAUGGAGCAUGUUCGUCUGCCCCUUUUGCCCAGAGAUUAUCUUGUACAGACAGUUGAAGAAGAAGCUUUAAUCAAGAAUAACAACACGUGUAAAGACUUCCUUAUUGAGGCCAUGAAAUAUCACUUGCUUCCUCUGGAUCAAAGGCAAUUGAUAAAGAAUCCUAGAACAAAACCAAGGACUCCAGUUAGCCUGCCAAAGAUAAUGAUUGUGGUUGGUGGGCAAGCGCCCAAAGCCAUCCGGAGCGUGGAGUGUUACGAUUUUGAGGAGGAUCGGUGGGAGCAGAUAGCUGAGCUUCCCUCCCGGAGAUGCAGAGCAGGUGUGGUGUUUAUGGCAGGCAACGUUUAUGCUGUUGGAGGGUUUAACGGCUCUCUGAGAGUGCGAACUGUAGACGUGUAUGACGGUGUGAAGGAUCAGUGGACAUCAAUUGCCAGCAUGCAGGAACGACGGAGCACUUUGGGGGCGGCUGUGCUGAAUGAACUCCUGUAUGCUGUGGGCGGAUUUGAUGGAAGCACUGGUCUGGCAUCAGUAGAGGCCUAUAGCUAUAAAACCAAUGAGUGGUUUUUUGUGGCUCCCAUGAACACAAGAAGAAGCAGUGUUGGAGUUGGAGUUGUGGAAGGUAAGCUGUAUGCUGUGGGAGGUUACGAUGGAGCAUCACGUCAGUGCCUUAGUACCGUAGAACAGUAUAAUCCAGCUACAAAUGAAUGGACCUACGUCGCUGAUAUGAGCACUCGGCGCAGCGGUGCAGGCGUCGGUGUUCUCAGUGGACAGCUAUAUGCUACUGGAGGGCAUGAUGGUCCCUUGGUGAGGAAGAGUGUGGAGGUUUAUGAUCCAGGAACAAAUACCUGGAAACAAGUUGCAGACAUGAACAUGUGUAGAAGAAAUGCAGGUGUGUGUGCUGUGAAUGGGCUACUCUAUGUGGUUGGAGGAGAUGAUGGUUCUUGCAAUUUGGCCUCUGUAGAGUAUUAUAAUCCCAUCACUGAUAAAUGGACGUUACUGCCAACCAAUAUGAGCACUGGAAGAAGUUAUGCGGGUGUGGCUGUGAUUCAUAAACCAUUGUGACACCUACUCCAGCUAAUGCAAGGAGCAGCAGUGAAGUGAAUCUCAAUGGGUGUUCUUGAGGAGAUGCCUGGCACCUGAUCUAAUCCAUCUUAUUGCUGUUGAACUCCUAGUGUGGCAAGUGCUGCAUUAAGAACUUCCCCUUCUGUGGAUAGUGCAGCAGUGUGCCAAUCCCAAGGUGUUGCUUGUUGUCCUUGGUGCAAUCAAUUCUCUCUGAACAGGCGGUUUCCUGGGAUAAACAUUGUGCUUAAACUGAUACUGGAGAGACUGAAUUUCGUGUGUGAAACAAAAUGCUACUGUAGGGCUUGUGAGUAAAAACAAAUAUACUGAAUGUCUUCACUACUGAUACUUUGUACACAUCUUGAGUUAAGCUAUUUACUCACUGCUCCUGGAAUUUACUACUGACAGUGGAAUCUUCUAACCACUGAUCAUCAGAAAUAUACUGGACCAGGGUGCUGGCUUGUGUUUGAUACUGUCUCAGUAACAUGUGUAUAUGUCACUGGACAACUGUAUGUAUCCCUAGCACACUUAUGAUGUGAUUGGAGAUGUACAUUGUAUGAUUGUUUUGCUAGUCACAUAGCUGCUUUUAUAUACAGGAUAGGAUGUGCUGGGCAGUGGCUUGCCCAGAGAAAGGUGAAUACCCCACCACCCAAAGGUUGUUAAUCCUACAGAAACAUGCUGCUCUGGAGGGGCUUUUUGCUCCCAUAAAACAUGUACUGUUCGAACUAAAAAAUCAAGGAAGAAAGUCAUACCUCUGUCCUGCAUUUCAAGGCCAUUUUGGAACAGAGCAUUUAAACAUAAGGAUGUGUCUUACUGAGUCAUUAACACAUCUUGCCUGUAUCCAGCCAAAUAAUCUUCCACCACCCAAGAAGUGAUUAAAGACCAAGAUAAAAUGCCUACAGUGUCUUAACGCUUCCAGAAGAGGGAAAUCGUAUUCUUCAGUGUCAUUGUUCUCCUUUUUAAAGUGUUUUCUGUGUUAAAUACUUUCUUCCAUCCAUACCAAGCAGCUAGCAGGAGCCUUUAUAAGAUCCUUCCAAAAAGGGAUUUUAAAGAGUGAAAGCUGGGCUCUGUUGUGACUUUUAAUAAUCUCACUUGUACCAAAUUCAUGCUAGUUUGUUUUCCCUUUAAAAGGAUGGAAUCGGCUUGCAAAUUGUGUGUGUGACUCCCAGCAUACCCUGCUGCUGGGAGUCAUGACACACUUCUGGGUAUCUGCUGUAGUUAAAAGUAACACAAAAGGGUCCCGAAAGAUGUUUGGGGGGCACAGGGGGCGAAUAAAAGGUUUCCUCUGAGUUCCUCUCCCCACCCCCCCCACCUCAUGUAACUUUGUGCAUUUUACAGGACUUUUGGUAGGGUCAGUUUCACUGUUUUCCCUUAUAGAGCCAGUCAGAGCUUUCCUAUACGGGGAAAUAGCCCUGCAGAAUUACAGCAGUGGUAUUAUUCUGGCAUAGCUAUAGCGGUAUAACUUCCAAAGUAGACUCAGAGACUUGGUCAGAAGGGACCAUCAAGAUCAUCUGGUCUGAUCUCUUGCAGGCCACAGAACCUUACAGAACGUUGCAGGCCACAGAACCUUACCCACCCACUCACUGUAUUCCAGAAUAAAAGUGAUGUUUUCCAGUAUAGCUUAUAGAAAAAAGAACAGGAGUACUUGUGGCACCUUAGAGACUAACAAAUUUAUUAGAGCAUAA